AUGCAAGUAAAUUCAGAUAACACUCCUGCACUAAAAUUCGAGACUAAACAAGGUGAAGAAGGUUUUUGCAAGUUUUUUCACGGUCUUCCAGAGAAACCUGCAAAUACUAUUCGUAUAUUUGAACGAAAUUCUGGAGAAUAUUACAGUGUCCAUGGUGAAGACACAUUAUAUGUUGCUAAGAAUGUUUUUAAAACAUCAACUGGCAUUAAGUACUUGGGUGGUGAUGAAAAAAAAGGAAUUCCAAGUUAUACAUUGUCUAAAUUUGUUCUCGAGUCUUUUUUGCGUGAUUGUUUGUUGAAUAAUCAAAUGAAAAUUGAAUUAUGGUCUAAUGGAACAAAAAAAAAUAAUGAAUGGCAAAUUACAAAACAAGCAUCGCCAGGAAAUAUUCAAGAACUUGAAGAUUUAUUAUUUUCAAAUACCGAAGUUUCUUCUUCUCCUGUAAUACUUUGUGCUAGACUAAUUAUUAAAGAUAACCAAAAAAUUGUUGGAUUAGCUUAUGCUGAUUCAACACGUAGAGAAUUAGGUGUAUCUGAAUUUACUGUUUUAAUUCAACUAGGAGUGAAAGAAUGUAUCGUUACUACAGAUGAUAAAGACCAUGAAAUUUUAAAAAUAAAAGAACAAGAUUUGAAUCGCUUAUUGGGAAAAGCAAUUUCUGUAACUUCUUUACCCGAAUUCAAAUUGGAGAAUGCAAUGUCUGCUUGUGCUUGUAUUAUAAAUUAUUUAUCGCUUUUGUCAGAUCAAAGUAAUUUUGGGAAUUAUUCUCUUCGACUUCACGAUAUAUCUAAAUUUAUGAGAUUAGAUGCUUCUGCAAUCAGUGCUUUGAACUUAUUCUCUACCAAACAAGAUGGCACAAAUGCAAUCUCUAGUUUAUAUGGACUUUUAAAUAAAUGUGUGACUUCACAAGGUUCAAGAUUAUUGUGUAGAUGGUUGAAACAACCAUUAAUGAAUAAGAACGAGAUUGAACAAAGACACGAUUUGGUUGAGAUUUUUGUAACAAAUAUAGAAACUCUGGAAGAUUUAAAGAACACUCCCGAUCUUCAUCGAUUAACAAAAAGAUUUCGUAAACAAAACUCUAAUUUACAAAAAUUCGAAUCUCAACUUGUAAAUUAUAAAACAAUGGUUGAAGAAGCUAUUGAUUUGGAAGCUGCUGAAGAGCAUAAAUAUAAGAUUAGAGAAGAUCAUGAUGAAGGUUUGAAGGCUAUUAAAAUGAAAAUGAAUAAAAUCAAAGAAAGAAUAAAAUCAUGUCAUAAUGAGGCUAGUGACGAUCUUAAUUUCAAUGAUAAAAAUAAACUUUAUCUUGAAACGCAUAAAUCAUUUGGAUAUUGUUUCAGGAUUUCAAGAAAGGAUGCUCCUUGUAUUAAUAGAAAUAAAAAGUAUAUAGAACUUUCCACACAAAGAAAUGGUGUCUAUUUUACAACUACUGAAAUGAAAGAUUUGAAUGAAAAAUAUGAAGAAUUAGAUCUUCAAUAUGCAGAAGAACAAAGUUCUUUGGAAAAGGAGGUUUUACUUGUUGCAGCAACUUAUUGUUCUGUAUUGGAAAAGAUGAAUGAAUUAAUAGCACAUAUUGAUGUUAUCGUUAGUUUUUCAAGUGUGUCAAUUAAUGCCCCUAUGCCAUAUGUUCGGCCAAAAAUGUUAAAUAAAGGUGAAAAAGAAUUUAUCUUAAAAAAUGCAAGGCAUCCAUGUAUUGAAGUCCAAGAUAAUGGUUCAUUCAUUCCAAAUGAUGUAAAUUUAAUUAGAGGAACGCGUGAAUUUCAAAUAGUUACUGGACCAAACAUGGGUGGAAAAUCAACUUAUAUUAGACAAAUUGGUGUUAUUGCUUUGAUGGCACAAGCUGGUUGCUUUGUUCCAUGCAGUGAAGCAAGUAUUUGUAUAUUUGAUUGUAUACUUGCAAGGGUUGGUGCUGGAGAUAGUUAUCUUCAAGGUGUUUCUACAUUUAUGGCGGAAAUGUUGGAAACUACAAGUAUCUUAAGGACUGCAACUGAAAAUUCUUUAAUUAUUAUUGAUGAACUUGGUCGGGGUACCAGUACUUAUGAUGGAUUUGGGUUAGCUUGGGCUAUUUCUGAAUAUAUUGCAACAAAUAUACGAUGUUUUUGUAUGUUUGCCACACAUUUUCACGAAUUAACAGUUCUUAGCGAUCAAUUGCCAAAUGUGUGUAAUUUACAUGUAACAGUUCAUACUGGCAGGAAUUCUGAUGGUGAAAGUGAAAUAACUUUGUUGUACAAGGUUAUUGAAGGUGUUUGUGAUGAAAGUUUUGGUAUUCAUGUGGCAGAACUAGCCAAUUUUCCUGAAACAGUUCUCAGACUUGCAAGAAAAAAGAUAAAUAUAUUAGAAGAUUCUACAAAAAAUAAAGAUGAAAUGGACAUAGAUCAAACAAACACAUCUAAACAAGAUAUUGAGGGAGGUAUGAUCAUAAAAGAGUUUUUUAAAGAGGUUUUAGAAAAAACCGAAGACCUAUCUGACUACAACUCAAUUUUAAGUUGUACACGGUCAAUUUUUGAACAAUUUAAAGAUAGAAUUGAAAGCAAUUCUUGGUCAGUUGGUAAGAAGGAAGAGAGUGAAAAUAAAGAAGAUAAGAACAAGAUGAAAUCGAGAUGGAAACGAAUACGAAAUCAAGGUUGGAAUUUAAGUGAGAAAUGA